ACUUCAAGCGUUCUUCCUCGACUUCUCUCCUCUUGUAACUCUCUCUCUCUCUCAUCUUCUUCUCCAUAAAUUAGAACCAAAAAAAACAACAAUGGAGGGAAAAUUAGGAAGCUUUGGGAGCUUUAUUCAGAGAUGUAAGCCAUACAUAGCUAUGAUUUCUCUCCAGUUUGGUUAUGCUGGAAUGAAUAUCAUCACCAAAGUGUCCCUAAACAGAGGCAUGAGUCACUAUGUGCUUGUUGUUUACAGGCAUGCCUUUGCCACUGCCGCUAUUGCUCCCUUUGCACUUGUCCUGGAGAGGAAAGUGAGGCCUAAGAUUACAUUCCCAAUUUUCAUGCAAAUGUUUGUUCUGGGUCUUCUUGGUCCUGUGAUUGAUCAAAACUUCUACUACGCCGGACUCAAAUUCACAUCGCCCACUUUUUCUUGCGCCAUGAGUAACAUGCUGCCUGCAAUGACGUUUGUCAUGGCAGUUCUCUGCAGGAUGGAGAUUUUGGACAUGAAGAAAUUGAGAUGCCAAGCGAAGGUAGUGGGAACGGUGGUGACGGUGGCGGGGGCUAUGUUGAUGACAUUGUACAAGGGUCAAGUGAUCAACUUCUUUUGGACCGAGCACAUCCAUGUUCACAGUUCCUCUGCUCCUAACACUACUGGUUCUACUGAUAAAGACUGGCUUAAGGGCUCAAUUCUGCUCAUAAUUGCUACUUUUGCCUGGGCUUCCUUCUUCGUUCUUCAGGCAGUGACUAUGAAGAGAUACUCAGCUCAUCUUUCACUCACAUCACUUGUGUGUUUCCUGGGGACUCUGCAAUCUAUUGCUGUCACAUUUGUCAUGGAACACGAGCCUAAUGCUUGGACUAUUGGAUGGGACAUGAACCUUCUUGCUGCUGCAUAUGCUGGUAUAGUGUCAUCAGGCAUUGCUUACUAUGUACAAGGGCUGGUGAUGCAGAAAAGAGGGCCUGUUUUUGCCACAGCUUUUAGUCCUCUAAUGAUGAUCAUUGUGGCAAUCAUGGGUUCCUUUAUUUUGGCUGAAAAGAUCUAUGUUGGAGGGAUUCUUGGGGCUGCGCUGAUUGUGGUAGGGCUAUACUCUGUUUUGUGGGGAAAGUACAAAGAAUACCAAGAAAAAGAAGAAGAGACAAUCCCAGAAGCAAUCAGAAUGGCUACCAUCAUGGAAACAGAUGAUAUUGAGAUGCAAAGAAGGAAAGAAACUAGUGUGGUUGCUGUUAGUGUUCCAAUGCCACAGCCACCCAUGACUGCUAGGGAAACACCAAAACCCUAGGAAAACAAAGUUUAAUUCAUAUAUAUAUAUACAUAAAUGUAUGUGGUAAUUUGAAGUGUGAAAUGAGUGGAAAUAGGGGCUUUUUUGUAAUGUGCUUCAUGUAAUUUGAUUAAAAGGAAAUGAGAGAAUUGCAGAACCUUUUUUU